UAUCGUUCGGUUUACUCAAAAUACUUUUGGAGGGUUUUAUUUGGAAUUAACUUUUUUUCCUCUUUCUUUUUCAAGUGAUCACUAUUAUUCAGAACUUUGUUGUGAACAGUUCAAUCAAAAAGCAUUCGUUUCCUACUAAUAAAAGUUAAUUUAAAUAAAAACCUUGCCAAAAAGUUAUUUGAUAAAUCAUAAAGUUACACAAGUAAACAAAGAGUUUUUUCAAAAUAUUUGGAUAUGACAAUAUAUUUAAUGCCUAAAAGUAGAAUAAUUUCUAAAGCCAAAGAUUUUCGACCUAAACAAUGGACAAUUAAAUGGAUUGUUGAUCAACGUUCGUUUUCGAAAUCGCUAUAUCAACAAUGUGCAGCAAAAAAUCAAACUAAUCAGAGUGCAAAUGGCAAAGGUAAAUUACAUAAAAUUAAACGCAAAUGGCGUUGGGGUGCUGGUGCUGGUUGGACAAUCUUAUCUGUUUUGGAUUGGUGGUUAUUGGCUGCAGGCGGCUGGUUAACAUGGCAAGGUACAGUGCUUCGUUGGACACCCCUGGGACUUGCACUAGUGGCAGCUGCUCAGUGGCAUCUACACAAUAGGGAAUGUGAAAGAAAAGGCUUACCUAGGACUGCUCCACAUUGGCAGACGACUGUGUAUUGUUCCCUUCCACUGAGGCUUAUGAGUAGAUGUUGGGGUUGGCUUGCGGAACGUCCUGUACCAGAAAAAAUUCGUCCAACCAUUUUCGGUCUUUAUGCAACAACGUUUGGUGUAAAUUUGGAAGAAGCUGUAAUAUCUGAUCUAAAACACUAUCGAAGUUUGGCUGAAUUCUUCACCCGAUCAAUUAGAGACGAUUGUCGAGUGAUUGCACCAGAUUGUGUUGUUUCACCAUGUGAUGGACGUGUUCUUCAUUAUGGACCAGUAACGAGUGAAACUCAUCUGGAACAAGUGAAAGGCGUAACUUAUAGUCUUGAAGCUUUCUUAGGGCCAAAAAUAGGCAAAGAAAUCAAAGGUCCAUAUAUCGACUCGCUGAAGAAGCAGAAAGAAGGUAGCGCAUUAUAUCACUGCAUUAUUUAUCUUGCUCCUGGUGACUAUCAUCGAUUCCAUUCACCAACAUCAUGGAAACCUGAAAUAAGACGUCAUUUCCAUGGUGAGCUUCUUUCGGUUAGUCCAAAAGUUGCCAAGUGGGUGCCAGGACUCUUUUGUCUUAAUGAACGUGCAGCUUAUAUUGGUGAAUGGGAGCACGGAUUCUUUAGCUUUACGGCUGUUGGCGCUACGAAUGUGGGGUCAAUACAGGUUUACGUCGAUGAAGAACUUAAAACUAACAAAUGGAGUGGAUUGAAAGUUGGAGUACAUAAAGAUAAAGACUUCGACGAAGUUCGAUUACGAAAAGAAAUUGUUCUAAACAAAGGCGAACUGAUUGGUCAAUUCAAUAUGGGAAGUACGAUCGUGCUAGUGUUUGAAGCUCCAAAAACUUUCAAAUUUAAUUUAACACCUGGACAGACUGUUCAACUUGGCCAAAGUCUAGGGUGCUUUUUUGAUGAUGAUGCUGACAGUGGGAUGGAAAGUGAAGAGUGAAAAUGUUGAUUAUUUUAUCUGCAUUUUUCCAACCUCAAGUGCCAUAGUUGAUCGUCGCUUUUAAUCGUACUGAUAACAUAACUUCAGGGUUAGUUAAUAGUUUUAAGUUUUAGGAUAAAAGCUCAAAUAAAAAAUAAAAUAAAACAUAAUAAUGUGUAGUGCAUAUUGCACAAUUUCAUUCUCCAAAUCAUUAAUAACACUUUCACAGUGAAAUUAUUUGGAAAACAACAAAAGAAAAUCUUUUAUUUCAUUUUUUUUUAACAAAUUCAUUGUUUAUAAACAUCGUAGUCAUUUUUAUUUUUCCUGUUUUCAUAUUAAAAUGAAAACAAUCAAUAAUGUAAAAGAAAGAAGUCAAUGGAAUGUGACUUUAAAAGCUUUGAAUGCAUAAAUGUCUUAUCUGUAGCAAAACAUGUGAUAUUUUUGAAAGAAAAUAUUUUAUGAACAGAAUUAGGUAAGGUUUUUUCAAAAUACAAUGAUUCAUAUCACUUGUUAUGAUUCACAUUUUUAAUCUUACUGAUCAAGAAAAUAUGAUUUCCUUUAUGAUCCACCUUCAGGAUAACAGAAAAAUAUUAUGUUAGCAUUUUUUAUGUCACGAAUUGUUUUGAAAGUUAUUUUAAUAAUUAAAAAAUAAUUUUAGAAACAUUAUAAAUUUCUAUUAUAUUUAACAACUUUAAAUUUAUUUUUUAGAUAAGAUACGAGUGCUAUGAAAUUGAAGAGAAAAAAAAAUUGUAAUACGGAAUUUGAUGAGAAUAAAGAAUUAAAAACACCAUGUUGCAUUAUUCAACUUGUUGCAUUGGAAUUCUUUCGUAUCCCCAGAAGUGACUUCGUGUUCGAUAAGUUUAUUAUAGCCUUCUCUGUAUAAAAGUACUCAGCUGUCCCGCUUGCCAAAGUUUCUUUAAAAUCUUCUAAUGCUUGUUUGUCUUUAAGUGCAGUGAGAGACUCGACAAUUGAAUUAAUAGCACCAACUUUCUUUGAAAGUGUGAGACGACGUUCUGGAUCAUCAACAUGCUGAAGAAAUGAAUUUAAAACAGCUUGUGGAGCUCGAAGAUUAUAAAGACGAAUGAUUGCCAGCUCAAGUGGAAUGUGAAUAGUAAACGAUUUUUUCUUAAUUACAGAUUUUUUUUGGAAAAGUCCUUCAAUAUCACGCCAAGCUUGUGACUUUCCUCUUUCGUUUAUUGCAACCCAUUCAAAUUGCGAAGGUGUAAUUGCAUAAUUUAUUGCCAACUUGAAUGGAUUUGUCGAUGAAUUAAAUGAUGGAUCAGACCAUUUUUGAAACUUUUGACAACAAUAAUAUAAAGUUUCUAUCACUGAUUUUUCCAUAAUAUCAUGAGGAUGAAAAUAUAAUCGUUCAUUAAUCUGAAGCUCCAAUAAAGUGAUAAAAUUUGACAAUUGUUGAGAUAAAAAUGGAUUGCAACAAGGUUGAUCGAAGAGUUCUCGAAUAUUUUUAAGUUUCUCCAAUUUUGUGAUGACAUUUUUUGAUGAUACCGAAGCUUUAAAUUGAAUCAUUGCUGCUUCUUGGUUGCGUCCCAUUAUUUUAAGUAUUUCCGAAGCUUCCCCAAUUCUCAUUGUAGUAUUUAAGUAAUUCACAUAAUGAUCUACAGCGAUUGGUCUGGUCUCUAAGAUUUGAUUAAAUAACGAUGUUUUUAGAGAGUUUUUAAGGAACAAGACAAUCCUUAGUAUUGCAUCACCAUUUCCACAUAAAAUAGCUUUGUCAAGAAGAUCUUCUUUUUCGUUCAGUGACUUAUAAAUAGACAAAGAACAUGGUUUACCAAGUAAAAGCUUGUUGAUUGUAAUAGGAAUUGGACAAUAUUGAGAUUCUUGUAGUUUUCUUCUUAGUAUUUUUAUUUCUUCUUCCAAUGAUACUUUAGGAAAUAUUGGUUCAGUAAUCAUCUGAUCCUCGAGUAUCAUUUGAAGAUCACUAUCAUUAAUAAUCAGAUUUAAACUUAUCGCACCCGACGAUGAAACAUUUGAGAUUUCUGAUACAUUGUCAUCUAAAAACUUUUGAUCAAUAUCAUCAUCAAAACUAAAUGAUUUGUUUAAAGAAGUGUUCCAG